AAUGGAGAGGCGAUCAUCAUGUCUUCCCCCUUCGCACUGGCUGAGGCGCCGCUCAUCAUAACGCACGCUGUGUGUGAUGCGCUGCUCCGGUGACGCUGUGUGGCUGCAUCAGCGCGUGGCUGCAGCGCGACACUCCGCACACAGACGGCUCCGUUAGUAUCAGCACGGCUCCGGCGCUCGCUCCACCAUGGAAACUAAACCGGUCAUCACCUGCCUCAAAACCCUCCUCAUCGUCUACUCCUUCGUCUUCUGGAUAACAGGAGCCAUCCUGCUGGCGGUGGGAGUAUGGGGGAAGUUGAUGCUGGGCCCGUACAUCUCUCUGAUAGCCGACAACUCCACCAACGCCCCGUACGUCCUCAUUGGCACCGGGACCGUCAUCAUCGUUUUUGGCCUGUUCGGAUGCUUCGCCACCUGCAGAGGAAGCCCAUGGAUGCUGAAGCUGUAUGCCAUGUUUCUGUCGCUGGUCUUCCUUGCUGAGUUAGUGGCUGGGAUCUCUGGAUUCGUGUUUCGCCAUGAGAUAAAGGGAACCUUUCACAGGACAUACACCGACGCCGUCCUGAACUACAACGCAGAGGAUGAGGCGAGCCGCGCCGUUGAUAACCUGCAGCACAAGCUGCGCUGCUGUGGAGUUACUAACUACACCAGUUGGUUCGGCAGUGUGUAUUACCCAUCCAACGGCAUUCCUGCCAGCUGCUGCUUUAACUCCUCCGACUGCAACCCAGAAGACCUCCGCAAUGCAACCCUAGCCCCGAGCAAGGUUUUCCACCAGGGCUGCUAUGAGCUGGUCACUUCAUUCAUGGAAACCAACAUGGCCAUCAUUGCCGGAGUGACGUUUGGGAUUGCUUUCUCACAGCUGAUUGGCAUGUUGCUGGCCUGCUGUCUGUCCAGGAUCAUCACAGCCAAUCAGUAUGAGAUGGUCUAGCUGAUGUGACGUGGCAGGGAGAUGCAGAGAAGAAGAGACAAAGAGCCUUGACAUAAGACAAGAGUAAAUUCCCGAAAACAUUAUCACAUGUCUGUUUUGGAAUUUACCUCCCUCCGUCUCUCUGCCUGUGAUCUUUAUGUAAUAUCUUAAUGUAUCUUAUUGUAAAGCACCAUUCCUUGACUCACUGCUGUUGCAUCAAAUCGCUCUAUAUCACACAUCACACUGCUGCUUGAUGUAGAUGUCGCUCAUUAGCACGUAUCUCGGAUCAGUGCGGUCCUACGACCCACGACGAGCAGGUACACCGGGGUAGUCGGAGUUGACAGCGGUGUUGGUCUCAGAUAGGCGAUUGGGUGCAACUUGGCUUCUCAGUUGGUUGCAGCAUGCUUCACCGACCGUCAUCAGAGGACCACUGCACAUCUUUGUACAGAAUGACAUUACUAAAGCUUGAAAGUAAUACUUUAAUAGAUAGGUUUAGUUUUGCAUUUGACUUUGCUAUCGCUCACCAUUGUAUAUUCCUAUGGUUGUUACAUUUUGUGAACUGAUUUCGUGCACUGAGGACGAUGUUUUAAGUUUAUACGAAAAACAAGGAAACUGACAAAGGAAAAAGGGAGAACUGUUUGAGUAUUUUUACCUGUAGACGAGACCCGUCAUUUUUUUGACCCGAUAUUUUCACUUGAUAGCAAAUUAUGAGAUACGUUACAUGCUAAAAUUGUAAUUCAGUAUCAGCUGAAGCUUUAAUCUGGAAUUAAAUACACAACAACCUUUUUCAAACUCCCCCAGUAAUUUGAAUAAUGUUAAAUAAUGCUCCUCUGCCUAAUUUACAGCCAGUUACAAUGAUGCUUAAAGAAACUCAGUUGGUUUUGGGUUUAAAAGAAAUAUACUCAUCAACCAAAACAAAGAAUUAAGCUUUAGACCGAAGGCCUGGUCACACCAGAUGCGUCAUCUUGAUUGCUAACAGGACAACAACAGUUCAUUUAAGAGACAGAAUUAAGAGUAUCUUGUCUCAUAGCUGUCUAAAAGCCAUCCCCUUGUAGUUUAACAGUGGUGGUUAAAGGUCCAAUUUGUAGGAUUUAGGGGCAGCUAUUGGCAGAAAUGCAAUAUGAUAUUCAUAAUUAAGUUUCCAUUGGGUUAUAACCACAUGAAGAAUUGUUUAUGUUUUCAUUGCCUUACAGUGAGCCUUUCAUAUCAACACAGUGUGGGUCCUUGUGCACACAUGUUGCACAGCCAUGUUUCUCCAGUUGCCCAGAAAUCACAAACCAAACACUGACUCUAUAGGGGACCUUUCAAGAGUAGAGGGGUACUCAGUUGGUUGCAAUCCACAAUCUAGAUAGCACUAAAUCCUACACACUGGUCCUUUAAAUCAAAGUGGAUGAUGCAAGACAGCUAAUAUGCUGCAGUAGCUCACCCAGUAGUCCGUCGGUUCUGUUAAUACAUGCAUCCAUGUUGAGAUUGAUUCUAUACGUCACUGGUGCAAAUUCACCACACAACAUUGAACGUGACGUUGAAAAUUUGCACAGAUUUACUCUAAUAUUUAGUCUCCACUAGUGAAUCCACUCACUACAGAGCUUUCAUUCGAAAUGAUUAAUUUUGCCACAAAAAGUAGCACCAUUAAAAAUCAGGCCUAUCACAUUGAGUUAUGUUUAAAGUCUGUAAGGCAGCUGUCUCUCUAGCUGUUAAGGCAGCCACACUUGAAGGCAAGGUGAAAGCCUUGCUGUCAUGUUAGAGAGAGCUGUAGGGAAGCCCAUCUCUGCCCAUUAGAGAAGAAAAUAUAGAUGAAAAAAUGUUCCCUUGGUAAGUCAUAAGUAUGAGAUAAAGCAGUCAAAAUGAUUAGAGAAAAGUAAUAAAUAUGAGGUUAAAAGUCAAAAUUGUGACGUUUUAUUUCAUGAUUAUGACUGACAAUGGGAAUGUUUUUUUUAAUCAAGGCUAAGUUUUCAUUCGCUUUUUUCUUUAACCGACAGAAAUGGGCUUUCAUAGAUGGUAAAGAACACUGAUGUGAUAGGGGAAGCUGCGUGAAGAACGACGAUGAGAGAUUUAGGUUUAAAUCCUGCCAAUUUGUCACACGUCCACGCACCAGGUCAGCCUGAAGAACUGACUCAAUUCUAACAUGUCCGCAUAUAAAUAUGCUUUUAAGACCAAGCUAAACGGGUGAAAAUCACAUUUUGCUGAGCUCUUUUGGUUAAGUGUCUCACCUGCAGUGACGUAGAGGUGUGCCUGAUGUGACUGCAGGUGCAACAAAACCAGGAUCCUGGUUGUUGGCAUGCCUUUCAACCCCAAGAGGACAAAGAAAUACUGAUUUCACCCUGUGAGGGUCGCAAAUAGUUUUCCUCUGGUGGAAUAGAUUGCCAGCCGUGUGUUACAGUGAGAGAACGCCAACGUUAGAGAUACGCAGGACUCCAACAGUGUUCAUCUAGUAUUUACAGCCUUCUAUGUAGUGCAUACACAUGCUUUCCUCAUCAUCAUCAUCUGUAGAUAUUUACUGGAAAUGUAAUUUAUAUGAUGUAAUGUUUCUCAUCCUAAUAUGCUAAUCAGUAUAAAUGUCGUGUCACGGUUUUGAUUCCGCACUCUGUGCUGUUGAUCUGUAUUUGUUUGAUAGUUUAUAGGAAAAUCGCACUGAGAAAAAAUAAUUGUGGCCAAUGUUUUGUUGAGAGUGACGUGCACCCGUUUCAAUUUAGCUGUAUUUUUAUUACGGUUUGGUUGGCAUUACGUUUACAGUUUCACCAAGUGAUUUCCUGUCUCUCUUUCGGUAUGUGUGUGGGUGUGUGCUAUUUAGUUCUUUAUUUUCAUUUGCCUCUUCAACCACAAGUGUGUGUUCUCUUUGAAUGACAUGGUGUGUGUGUGUGUGUGUGUGUGAGAGCGAGAGAGAGAGAGAGCAUCUAAAUUUUGUGAAUCCUGUUGUAUUCACUUUUGGUCAGUACUUGGUUGUGGCUUUUCAAACCCUUAUUGCUUUUUAAAGCUGUACAUUUAUUUAGUGAAUGUAUGUUUUCCAACACUCUGAAACUAAUUCUUCCUAUCCCCCCCAAACUGAUACUGUCCUGUAAAUACUAAAUUGUAAUACCAUCCUGCUUACACAUGGGGUCACCAGACACUCAAGAACAACUGCACCCUGCUGUCUACUAUUGACAAAGUCACCAUCAGUGGUCUUAUUAUCAAUAAAUAUACAGAAUAACACGUU